GAGCUGCCUCCCAGCAGGAGCACCAUGAAGUCCACUAGGUUCUCCUUCUUCUCUGUGAUGGGUCCCGUCCUCAUCCUCUGGGCUCAGCUGCCGUCGGUGCCCGCCCCAUGUGAGUUUGGGUAUUACUUGGAGGGGUGAAGAAUUGGGGAGGUUUGGGAGUUGGGGAGCAUGCUUGGUGAGCUGUGAUUCCUACAUCGCAGGGGGUUGGGCCAGGUGUCCCUUGGGGCUCCUUGUAUGAGGGGCAUGGCCUUAACUGGUGAUAGCAUGCCAGGGUGGGUGGAGCCCACCUGCCAGGGCUAAGCCUAGCCUGAAUUUGAGGGAUUCCACCUGCCUCCCCAGUCACAGCCCUUUGCCCAACACCCCCAAGAAGCCUGGACAUGAAGGUGACUCUCGCGAUCCACAGCACCCUCACAUGCUCAGAGAACCUCCCACGCACCCAGCUGAGACGCACAGGCCCAGAAGUUUUGCUGGGACUCUGCAGGUCGGGUGGACAAGCCCUGAAUUUGAAGAUCUACCUGCCUGAAUGUUUCAGGUUGGUCAGCGAUGGGCAGCAGCUGGUCAGUGAGCUGCCUCCCUUGGUCCAAACAAGCAACAAGGCUCUUCAUUUACACCGUAGAAAUUCACUUCUGUGCAUUGACCAUAAGAAACUGUGUGAUGGGAUUUGGGCAGGGUAGGGUUCAAAUUCGGGAGCUUCAAAGGGGAAAUUUGAUUGUAGUCCUCAAAUGAAAAAGCCCAACCCCAAAUUCUGGUCAGAGUGGAGGAGAAUCUGGCUCAGGAGAGAGAUGAGGCAGAUAUAUGGCUGACUAGACAGGCAAUGGCAAAAGUUUAUGAUGUCCUUUCCCUCUUUGAAUAAGGGUGGGGACAACAAAGGCUCUUUCGCCACCUUCACCCUCUAAGCUGCUGAAAGGAAGGGCUUGUCCACACUUCCGAAAGUCGUGCCUAGAAAGCUCAGCUCUUUAGCACUGAAUCCAAACAAAUGGCAACCCAUGAGAAACCCCAUUGCCAUUCAUCCUGAUUCAGUGCUAAACCACAGGUUUUCCUAGGGGAACAGUGGGGCAAGCAGAGGUGAGCCCCAAGAGAGGUUUGGGGGCUCAUCCAGAAGCGGGGUUUUGUGUAGGAGGGCUGUAGGCAGAUUCUUGGACUCUGCAUUUAACAAGAAUCAUAGAACUGUUGGGCUGGACCCUCCAGGGUCCGUUAGUCCAUCUCCCUGCAUUGGAGAAAUUACAUUUAAAGCAUCUAUAACAGACGGCCAUCCAACCAACCUCUGCUUUGAAACCCUCCACAGCUCUUACCGCUAGAAAGUUCUUCCCUAAGGGUGCCACCCAGCUGUUGCUGUGCUUCUGGCUUCCGUCAGUGGACCUUGAGGCUCUAGCAAAAACAAAGCAACCUGAGGUUUUCCCAUGCCAGAUACAGCCCAUCUCUGAGCAGAGGAAGGUGGAGGUGCUGGAGAUGAUGGUGGGACCUCCUGGCAAGCUCUGAAGGGUGUCAGCGUCCUGGAAGAGAGAAGCCGACUCCAGCCCCCUCUGACUUCCAAAGCAGCCUGUGCCUGAGUGUCUGCAAGUUGGGUCUUGUGGGGGAAAGGGAAGGUUCAGGAAGCCAAGCAAUGAAUCACACGGCCUUUGAUCCUCUAAAGGGAGUGGGGCUUGGGUUAGGGGGUGGUUAGGUGUUGAAAUCCUAUGCGUCUCCCAAGGUUCAGAUGUAACAGAUGAUGUCAGCCUCCUUGGAGCAAAAGACAAAUGACUCACGGAUGCCUGGAGCCUGCCCUUUCAGAAGGGUGAUGAUGAUGCCUAGAAAAACUUCCGGCGGGCAGGGAGACUUCCAUACUGGGGCAACACAUUCUGGAAUAGCGUUGUGUAUCCGCCACCUGAAUCAGCUCUGGGUGGCGGGAGGUGUCUACUUUUGCAUUCUUACAACUGGUUCUCCUGCAUUCCUGUGGGCUGUGGAGUGUGUGGGAAAUCCUUGCUUGUCUAAUGGUGCCAUGAGGAUGCCCUCCAGGUUGGCACAGACAUGUCAAGUUUCCUAUUGUUCUCACCUGUGGCCCCCUCCCAUUUUUCCAUGCCUCUGGGGCCAAAAAAAAUGAGCUUCUCUCUCUCUCUCUCUCUCUCCCUCUCUCUCAUUAGUCAGACAGCCUGAUCAUGCAAUGCCCCACCUUAAAGCCUUCUCCUGCUUUCCUGCCCUGUCCCAGACCUAGUCCCAGCUCCUCACUCUUCCCUUCAGAGUCCUCCUCCCUCUCUGGGUCUCUCUGUUCUUCUCUCCUGAGAGAUCCAGUCAGGGGUGUAGGAAGGGGGGGCGGUGGGGAUGGACUGCCCCGGGUGCCCUCACUGAGGGGAUGACAUUCAGCACGCCAUCCACCCAUGACUCCCAAACCUACCCCAACCCCUCCAGGGUAAGGGGCAGAGCUAUGCCGUUUUGCUGGUGGCAUUCCCCGCUUCCCCCUUUGUUUUGACUGCUUGGGGGAAGCUUGGGGGUCGUGGGUGGGUGGUACUGACUGUCCUCUAUGGGCAGCUUGCUCCGCUGCUGGCUGCAGGGUGUGAGCGCUGCUCCGGACCCCGAGUGGCUAUCCCUCGCCUGGGAGGGCACCCUCCGUACCACACACCUACCACACACCCCUCGGGAACUCGCCCGCCCUGGGCAGCGUGGGCAUAUGCUCUGCCGCUGUUGCCAGUCACCUCCAGUUCCUCCAUCAUUGGAUUCCUGAAGGUCUCUCCCUGGAGAUAUGGCAGGGAAGAGCAAUGGACUUUGAGAGUCUCUUAGCAACAGAGGAAGCAGAAACAGAGGAGUCAGCCACUGGUCCAUAUUGCUCAAGAUUGUCUCCACUGAUUGGCAGUGGCUUUCCAUGUUUUCAGGCAAGGGAAUGAUUCCUAGCCCUACCCAGAGAUGCCAUUGGAGGCUGGACCAGGGUUUUCUUCGCCCUAGCUAGAUUUCUUGUCUUCCUUGUAAGCUGCUUGGAGGCUGUGCUGCGGUCAAGCACUGUACAAAUUCUGUUGACUUAAGAGAGAUCAAUAAUACAGUUUCAGACGUGUGCAGCACAUUUCCAAAGGACUCUGACCGGUGUGGCGACCCCAAGCCGCGCUUCUUCUACAACUCCACCUCCAAGGCCUGCGAGCCCUUCACCUACAGAGGCUGCUCGUGGUACCGCAACCGCUUUUACACCAUCGAAGAAUGCCAGCGCCACUGUGGAGGGACUGGUGAGUGGGGGUGAGAGGGGGGUGGGCCCAGCUGUGGGAAAAGACCCCGACCCUCUUGACUGACAGACACCCACCCACCCAGGCAUCUCGAAGCACAGGGGGCGCCUGGGACCUGGGUGGGGGGAGCAGGUGUCCUGAACUUCUUCACCUGCCAUGUAGAUGUGGUCAGGCGUAGAUGUGGCUCAAAGGGUUGCCCCACUCAUCCCAGCAUCCCAGAGUCGAGGGGCAGGCCUGACGGGGACCCAUCACUCAGCAUUCUCCUAGAAGCCCUUCCUUAUGGAGGGGGAUGGAAAAGAGGCGAGGGAACACACUAGGUGUGCGUGAAACACACUCUGCAGGGUGUGAGAAAGUGGACAGAGAUUGUCUUCUUCUUCUUCUUCUCCAGAACUUCAUGGAGUCAAUGGUGAGAGAUUCAGGGCAGACAAAGGGAAGGGGUUUUUUGCACACAGCAAAUAGCUGAAAUAUAGAAUUUGUUCCUGCAAAAGGAAUUGACAGCCACCAACUUGGAGGGCUUUAAGGACUGAGCAAAUUCAUGGGGAGGAUGAAGCUACUAGCCACAAGGUCCAUGCAUGACCUCCCCUGUUGAUGGAGAGAGUCAGUCUUGCUCUGAUGUCCUUCAUGCAAGCUUCUCCAUUGGGGCACGUGGCUGGCCUCUGUAAGAACAGCUGUGUCCAGCAACCAGGAUCCUUGAGAGAUAUUAGGAGGGCUUUUCUCCAUCGUUGAUGAAACCUCCCCACCUCCUCCCCACCUCCUUGCACCCACCAUUCUGCCCCUUUUGGGAAUGCUCCUUGAAGUUGAAGACUCAUGAUCAGGGGUUGCAGAACAGUGGCCUAAGGUCACCCCCCCCCACACACAUCAUGCCCAACGACAACCCUUGUUUCGCUCUCUGUGUUGCAGAAAAGCCUGGCUCCUGCCUCCCCAGUCCUCGAAACAUCACCCUGGAGUGCUUGGCCAGCUGCCUUCAUGACGGAAACUGCCCGGGGGAUCAGAAGUGCUGCUCUUAUGGGUGCGCAUUGCGCUGCUCUGAGCCCAUCAAAGGUGAGACCCAGAGGUUGCUGGGGGAGGUGGGGGCUACUGGUACCCUUCAGAGAAGUGGCCUCUGUCAGGGAUGAUUUAGCUGCUACUCAUGGGCUCUCAAUAAUGCUGGGCAGCUGUGAGAGCAGAGUGGUGCUUCUGCAGCUGGAGCAAGCACUAGAAGGUCUGCUUUCCAUGGAGUGUGAGACUAAUUCUCAGGGCUGUGGGUUCAAGCCCCACAUUGGGCAAAAGAUUCCUGCAUUGCAGGGAGUUGGACUAGAUGACCCUCGUUUGCCAGUCUAAACAGACUCAGUUCCCUCAAUCUGCCCUGAAUCUUCCACCAGUUUGACUGGAUGACCCCAUCAGGUUCUAGGAUUCUGAGAGAUGGAGAAACCUACCUGUUUUCUCCCCACAUUCUGUCAUGAGUUUCCCCAGCCACUCUGGGCGGCUCCCAAUCAAGUAUUAAAAACAAUACAGCGUUAAAUAUUAAAAACUUCCCUGAACAGGGCUGCCUUCAGAUAUCUUUUAAAGAUAGGAUAGCUACUUAUUUCCUUCACAUCUGAAGGGAGGGCGUUCCACAGGGUGGGCACCACCACCGAAAAGGCUCUCUGCCUGGUUCCCUGUAAUUUGGCUUCUUGCAGCGAGGGAACCGCCAGAAGGCCCUCGGAGCUGGACCUCAGUGUCUGGGCUGAAUUAUGGGGGUGGAGACGCUCCUUCAGGUAUACAGGACCGAAGCCGAAUAAAUUUCUAUACAAUCUGGAUAGUCCUGUCGCUAUAACUCCCACAAGGAAUUAUAGCCCCAGAUGUUUCGACCUUUCUUCACAGGGGAGUUGCUCCACCCCUGUCCUCCUUCUGAAUCUUCGCAGAGAACGUAGUUAAAGUCUGUUUCUCUCUCACUCUUCCUUCCUCUCCCUUUGCCAUCCCAGAUAUUUGCAAGCUGCCUCCGGAUUACGGUCCCUGCCAUGGCAAGUUCCGGAGCUGGUAUUACGACGAGCGUGACCAAAACUGCAAGAGGUUCAUCUACAGCGGCUGCCUCGGCAACGAGAACAAAUUCAAGAAGCGCAAGGAGUGCCUGGCCAGGUGCAAGCCAGCAGGUGAGCAGGCUGGAGACCCAGCAGGGAAGGGGGCUAUCGAUGGCUACUAGCCAGGGUGACUAGGCUUGACUAGGUUAAAAGAGGGGAAAUGGCCAGCGGAAAUACGAGAACAAAAUGAAGACAAGUGUACGGAAGAAUGGAAAUUCUUUUCGGCCUCUUUUAAAAAGGAUGAUAGCAAAUGAAAUUGCAAGCAGGGUCUUGCAGCGUAAGCAAUGGAAGGCUAGCAAGAAUGAACUAAAUGAAGAAAUGUGUAAGUUUUGCAUUUCAGGAAUAAACAUCAAGAAUGCAAGGAUGGGAAGUCGAAUUGCUAAGAAAUGUGGAUAAAUUGAUUUGGCACAAAGUUUAUAAAACCGAUAAAAAAAUAAAUAAAAAAGCAGAAACUACAAGCAGGAAGCUUUGAGUAAACGUACGGAUGCAGGACUGAUUCUCAGUAUGUUACAGAAUGAGUAUGUUACAGAAAGUUCUUGGCAGUGACUGGAAGGGAAUGAUCCACUUCCAGUUGACUGCAGAGAAGCCAUUUCUCAAAGGCACAAAAGUGUAGAAGCCGCCUUAGGCGGGAAGGAGUCCCCGCCGAUGGCACAGUGUGCUGACAAUGCUUUCCUCUUUUUCCAGGGCCUUCCUAAGUCUUCCUCGCUCACCCACUGCCUGGCCCAAGGCCCUCAACCUGGCCAGCCUGCAAUGGCCUCAUGCCAGAACAGACGGCCCCUCCGCACGCAUUGCACAGACAAUCCGGGUGUAUGAAUGAAUCAAUGUUUCCGUGAAGUGAUGACAAACGUCUCCGCUGCUGCGAGAAACUUCCUGGUGGUUGACGUGUGCUUCGCCCAAGGGGGCGUGGCAUUGCUCCCGGUGGGGUGCAAAGGACUGUCUGCAUUCUCCAAGAGCUUGCACCCUUCUUCGUAUGAAUGUCCAUGCUGGCAUGUGGCAGAUGAAACCAGGCAGCCAAUGGCGCUUGCAGAAACUCUGGUAUGAACUCUCAGAGGAGGAGGAGGAAGAGGAGGAAGAGGAAAGAGAGGUCUGGCUUCCUUGCUGCCACCUCACCUGAGUGCUUCCUGGGUGCUUCUCCCCACCUGCCACCACUAGCCUGUUCUUCCACAAAAGCACACUCAACUGGAGGGCAUAUAGAAUCAUAGAACGGUAGAGUUGGAAGGGACCCAGGAGUCAUCUAGCCCAACGCCAUGAAAUGUAGGAAUCACAGCUCAAGCAUCCCUGAGAGAUGGCCACCCAACCUCUGCUUGAAAACCUCCAGUGAAGGAGUCCACCACCUUCCAAGGGAGUCCAUUCCACUCUCCAGCAGCUCUUGCCACCAGAAAGUUCUUCCUGAUGUUUAGACAGACUCUCCUUUCCUGUAACUUGGAUCCAUCAGAGGCUUGACAAGCAAGACUCUGGGAGGAGGUGCCAAUAAAUAAUAAUUCCUCUCCACCCCUCGGCCCAGGUCAUUUUAUUCACGAAAGAACUUUUUACACAGUGUUCGUAAGAACCAAUCAGAUUUCCUCUAAGCAUUUCAAAAAAACCCACGUGGGGACAAAGGUAAAAGUUAAAAUUACAAAAAGCUAAUUUGAGCAUGCAUAGUAGUCCAGAGUAAAUAAAAUAGGAAACAAGGAAUGCAUUCAGCAACCCUGGAGGUCAUAAACAAGCGAUAAACAGGAGAGGAAGGAUGGCAAGGAAAAAUUAGGCAUGUUUAUCACCUCCAUGUGAUACUAUUUCCUGGCCCUAAGAUUAACAAAACCAAGGAAAGGUACAUCAAAGCCAUCUACUAUCUUUAUGGCCCAGGAUGCCUGGUGAAGCAACUGGCCUGUGUAUUUAGAAAGCUUAUACGUGCCUGUCAGGCGCAGAGAAAGCAAAUGGCAGAGAUGGAGAGGCUUCUGGGAUUCGAUCAGAAACUAUUGUCAAUGAAUCAAACCCAGUCAACGCAAUGCUUUCAUCGCGGACACCAUGGCUUGCUUCAUUUUUCAUAAUUCCUCAUAGCAAUCCCACCUGACCCCCACACUCUGGAUAUCUGCACCCCUACAAAAAGCCACAAAGGUGAGGGGUGGAGAAGAGGGGUCAGGUUGUGUUGGCAGGCAAGCAAGGCUUGAAUCACGACCUUUGUAGGAGAUGCUGAGGUAGCAAAGAGGACACAGGAAGGCAGAGAGGAACAGAGUGACAGCCUCCCCUCCAGCCUCCUUUUGAGGAAUCUUUUGAGGGCCACAUUCCACCGGGGGUAAUCUCUUGGGAGCCACAUACCAGGGAUGGGAGGAGACUGAAGUUAAAUGUGGUCUCUCCCUUCCCUCCCUCCCUCCCUCCCUUCCUUCCUUCCUUCCUUCCUUCUCUCUCUCUCUGCAUGGGGAGGGGGGAUUUUUGCCAAGGUCUCAGUCCAUGGAGAGAGGGGGGGUUCACCCCAACCCUCCCCAGCUGCCUCUCCAGUGGAAAUCCCCCACCCCAUGCAUGGGAGGGCAAGGGGGGGAGGCAGAGCUGAAGGGGAGGGGCAUAGACAGCACCCUAAGCUGGGGGCAAGGGGCCCCUGGUCUCUCAGCUUCCUUCCAGGGCCUCUGGCAGAGAGCUGUCCUUUCCCAUUUCCUGACAUUCAUUUUUAUUUUUUAAAAAGAUAUUUAUAUACCAUUCACCAGGUGAACUUUGCAAAGCAGUUUACAUAGGGAUAUGAAAGCAAUAAGCCUCAAUAAAGCACCAUUAAGUUAUUUAAUAAAACAGCCAAGGCAAGCAACAAACAGUAUUUUCAUUUAUUUAUUCUCGGAAGCUCAGCUGUCUCCCUGCAGCCCCGGGGAGUAGCUUGCUGGGAAGGAGAAGCUGCCUCAGGCGGAAUACGGGGAGCAGCCGGCUCUUGCGGGAUCACAGAAUUGCAGAGUCGGAAGGGACCCCCAGGUUCAUCUAGUCCAACCCCCAGCAAUGCAGGAGUCGCAGCUAAACAAUUGCUGCUUUUAAAACAUCCUGGGGGUGUUCCUGGGACUUUCUGCAAGUAGUCCUUCUCCAAGACUAAAAUGGCAGAGGGGCUUCAUACACUCACAGAUCAACUGUGGUCCUAUCUGAGUCCAGGGAUUUCAUGUUUUUGGGCAGAUCAAGGGGAGCUGGGGAAGGGGGUAGGCGCUUCAUUCUGGGUGCUCCCUGGGUGGCUCCAUCCCUCAGUCUGGAGCCCCGCACACACCUCAAGAGGUUCCGGGGGGGGGGGCUCUGCCCCAGUUGCUCUCCUUGUCCCUCCUUCUCUUGCUUAACCUUAUUGGAAUCUUUGUUCAGACUUGUUUCGCUUAACAGUGUGAUUUUAUCAUAUCAUUGUAACAUUGUCUUUGGGGGGAUUGGAGAAUUGUAUUUUUGAAGGGGGGUUUCUACACUCAAGCUUUAU